UUUUUUAUUUAUAUAUUUAUUCAGCUUCAAUUUUAUGAAUCCUUGGUACACGCUUGUAUCGCGGUAUCGAAGAAAGAAAGAAAAAAAGAAUGUAAUUGCACACUGAAUACAAUUCAUCGUAUUCUCCUUUAAACCCGUGGGUGCAGGGCAUGGAUUCCGCAGUCUGUACAAAGUAUGGGAAUGGGGAUGGGCCAAUUGAUUUGAAACACAGAGACAGCUUCGCCCAUGGUACAUCUUCAUUUAGGCAUUCGACCAUCGUACUUUGUCCUUUUUCAAAGCAGUUAUAUUUUUGUCUGCUGUCAUCGCUAUGUACAGGAAAGGAGACGGCUUGUGUGAUAUCUACCCUAGACUUGUGGCCGCAUCCUUGCGAGUUGCGGGUUUAGUUGCAGCCCUGGCAUUGCUGGCUACCGCAGUUGGCACAUGCCUGACCCCCCUGACCCAGCUGACCUGGCUGGUUCUGCUGCUGCAUUCCAAGGUUGGACUGGCCAUAGAGACCCGAGGUGUUCUGGCCCUGAGCCUGGGCUUGACCUUGACCUUGCUGGUUGGGGUUGGUCUGACUGUUCAUACCGGUGUUCAGGUCUUGUCCGGGUAUCUUUUGAGCAACGGACUGGGCCUCGCCGGCGCCGCGUGCCAUGUCCUGGGAGGCUUGGUUGGCGUAUUUAUUGAGACGUUCCAUGCUGAGAAAAGGGAAGAUUGUGGAUGAUGUGCUUUUGAUUGUGAAGUUGUGCUAAAAGGUGAAGGAUGUGGGGUGAGAUUGAAGGAUGUUGCCAAGGGGACGAGCUGCUUUUAUAUGCAAGCAAGUUGAGUAGGGUGUAAAGGAUUGCUGGGC